AAAUUCAUACACCACCACUAGGUCCACUGCUCUCUUUUUCGGUUUUUCUUACAUAUUCCAUGCCUUUGCUCUUCCACACUCCCGGUGACCAAAAUUCUUCAAAAGUUCAAAGCGGCAGACCUACUACUUCUACUACUAGCUUUGCUCUUUUCUCUCCUCUCUACUUUUGAAAAGUCAAUUUCUCUGCUCCUUUUUCCUCAAGCUUCGCUCUCGCUCGGCUCUCUUCUUAAUGUGCUCUGCUUGCGACCCGGAUUUCGUUUAAAGAAUUCCCCCAAUUGUUUGAUCUAUCUCUUCAUGGAGAAGAAACUAUUCAAAAUGAGCUCCUUUUCCACGAAGAUUUUGAUCGAAGCCAUUGGGUUCUUUGAAGAAACACUGUCAUUGUUUUCUUCUCUCGCUUCGGAUCCUCUGUUCUCAAUUUUCGUCGCUCUUUACAGUCUAAUACUCCUCUAUUUCCCGAGAAUUUUCCUCGAUCUCGUUUUCUCUCCCGUUUUGAUCUCCACUGCAGUUCUGUUGUCAACCCUGCUUCGACUAGGAGCAAUUCAACGGAAUGAACAAGGGAACACCAAUUCUACGUCUACGGUUGAAAAAGAGAACACUGUUUCGACGGAACCUGAUGAAAUCGAUUCAACAGUCGAAGAUGACAAUUGGGUCGCAUGCGAAACCAACGUAGAGCCCGAAACCGGACUCUCUUUCGUUCCUUAUCCGGUUUUCUCCACCUCGUUCGUGGAAUGGAACCUGAAGGCGCCAUUAGAAGUCAUAUACGAAGAGUACGAAGGAGAAAAGGAGGACGAUUCAAAUGAAAAGCAGGAGACCCCUCGAGUGGGUAUCGAAAGAAUGUUGUCAUUGUCGCUUUGCUUCCCGGAAACCGACACAGAUAGCUCGUCCGACGGAGAAUUUCCAGAGAUAGAAGGGUGGGAUUCUCCCGAAAAUAUGUGUUUCAGAUGGGAUGAAGAGGACAGAGAAGAAUUGAUCGAGAUACCCCUGGAUGGCAAGAGAAGUCCAAGUUUUCACUUCGAAGAGGACAACCUGAUCGAGAUCGACAUCUCUCCCUUCGGAGCUCCGAACGAUAAUUCCGAUUUUUUUCCGGCGAGUGUCAGAUUCAGUUAAUGCGGAUUAAUUAAGGAUAUAAGCACGUGUUUUGGUUGUUGGAGACAGUGAGAGAAGGAGAGCAGCUUGGACUUUUGGGGGCUUGGUUUUAUCGUGAUUGAUUACACUUUGUAUUAUAUGCAUGUUCAUGUAUAGUAAUCAAUUGUCUCCAUAGGUUUAGGGAGUUCAAUUAGAGAAUUACUAAUAUACCCUUCCCUUAAUUAACAGA